UUGGAAUGAGGGCUGGCAGCCACUGCCUGGCUCCCCAGCGGCCACCUGCGUGCUAGAGGGCUCCCACCAGGACCAUGAGCAGCUAAGAUGGACACAUCCGCCUCAGCCGCUGCGGAGAAAAAAGAAGGCAAGAGUGCGAUCCCGGAGGGCGCUGCUUUCUCCGACGCGGGCAGGAAGACCUCUGCUCUGGCUGUGGCCGCGGCCGCAGCGGCUGCCCAAGGAGUGCCGCAGCACCUUUUGCCACCGUUCCAUGCUCCCUUACCGAUUGACAUGAGACACCAGGAGGGAAGGUACCAUUACGAGCCUCACUCUGCCCACGGCGUGCACGGGCCUCCUGCCCUGAGUGGCAGCCCCGUCAUCUCUGACAUCUCAUUGAUCCGGCUUUCCCCCCACCCCGCCGGCCCNGGGGAGUCCCCCUUCAACGCCCCCCACCCGUACGUGAGCCCCCACAUGGAGCAUUACCUCCGCGCCAUGCACAGCAGCCCCACGCUCCCAACGAUCUCUGCAGCCAGGGGCCUCAGCCCCGCUGACGUGGUCCAUGAGCACCUCAAGGAGAGGGGGCUGUUUGGCCUCCCCCCGGCAGGCACCAACCCCUCCGACUAUUACCACCAGGUGGCCCUCAUGGCGGGCCACCCCACGUCCUACGGGGACCUGCUCCUGCAGACGGGGGGUGCCACUGGCACCCCCCAUCUCCACGACUACCUCAAUCCAGUGGACGUGUCGCGUUUCUCCAGCCCACGGGUGACGCCCCGCCUGAGCCGAAAGCGGGCGCUGUCCAUCUCCCCGCUGUCGGAUGCCAGCCUGGACCUGCAGCGGAUGAUCCGGACCUCCCCCAACUCGCUGGUGGCCUACAUCAACAACUCUCGCAGCAGCUCCGCCGCCAGCGGCUCCUACGGGCACCUGUCGGCGGGCACCCUCAGCCCAGCCUUCACCUUCCCCCAUCCCAUCAACCCCGUGGCCUACCAGCAGAUCCUGAGCCAGCAGAGGGGCCUGGGCUCGGCCUUCGGACACACACCGCCCCUGAUCCAGCCCUCCCCCACCUUCCUGGCCCAGCAGCCCAUGGCCCUCACCUCCAUCAGCACCACGCCCACCCAGCUCAGCAGCAGCAGCAACUGUCUGAACGACGCCAGCCAGAGCAAGCAGAACAGCGAGUCGGCUGUGAGCAGCACCGUGAACCCCAUCGUCAUCCAUAAGCGCAGCAAGGUCAAGACGGAGGCCGAGGGCCUGCGACCAGCCUCCCCGGUGACCCUGACGCAGGAGCAGCUGGCUGACCUCAAGGAAGACCUGGACAGGGACGACUGCAAGCAGGAGGCGGAGGUGGUCAUCUACGAGACCAACUGCCACUGGGAGGACUGCACCAAGGAGUAUGACACGCAGGAGCAGCUGGUGCAUCACAUCAACAACGAGCACAUCCACGGGGAGAAGAAGGAGUUCGUGUGCCGCUGGCAGGCCUGCACGCGGGAGCAGAAGCCCUUCAAGGCGCAGUACAUGCUGGUGGUGCACAUGCGCCGGCACACGGGCGAGAAGCCGCACAAGUGCACGUUCGAGGGCUGCUCGAAGGCCUACUCGCGCCUGGAGAACCUGAAGACGCACCUGCGGUCCCACACCGGGGAGAAGCCGUACGUGUGCGAGCACGAGGGCUGCAACAAAGCCUUCUCCAACGCCUCGGACCGCGCCAAGCACCAGAACCGCACCCACUCCAACGAGAAACCCUACAUCUGCAAGAUCCCAGGCUGCACCAAGCGCUACACGGACCCCAGCUCUCUCCGGAAGCACGUGAAAACCGUGCACGGCCCAGACGCUCACGUCACCAAGAAGCAGCGCAACGACGUGCACCUCCGCGCCCUGUUGCUCAAGGAGAAUGGGGACCCUGAGGCCGGCACUGAGCCCGGCGGCCAGCGCUCCGAGGAGAGCGCCGAGGCCAGCAGCACCAGCCAGUCCGCUGAGGACUGCCUGCACGUCAAAGCCAUCAAGACCGAGAGCUCCGGGCUGUGCCAGGCCAGCCCUGGGGCCCAGUCAUCCUGCAGCAGCGAGCCCUCUCCCUUGGGCAGCGCCCCCAACAAUGACAGCGGGGUGGACCUGCCGGGGACGGGGCCUGGAAGCUUGGGAGACCUGACAGCGCUGGAUGACACGCCCCCGGGGGCCGACACCUCAGCCCUGGCCGCCCCUUCCGCCGGCGGCCUGCAGCUGCGCCAACACAUGACCGCCAUGCACAGGCUAGAGCAGCUCAAGAAGGAGAAGCUCAAGUCACUUAAAGAUUCCUGCUCGUGGGCCGGGCCAGCUCCACACCCCCGGAACCCCAAGCUGCCUCCCCUCCCGGGAAGUGGCUCCAUCCUGGAAAACUUCAGCUGCGGUGGGGGUGGCAGGCCGCUGGGGCUGCUGCCCAACCCCCGGCUGUCUGAGCUGUCUGCCAGCGAGCCUGGCACCUACUCCCCCCGACCACCCAGCAUCAGCGAGAACAUGGUGAUGGAAGCCAUGGCAGUGGGGACAGAUGGGGCAGGGCCUGAGGGCCCCCUCCUGCUGCCCGAGGACGACCUGGUGCUGCCCGAUGACGUGGUGCAGUACAUCAAGGCACAUGCGGGCACCCUGGGUGACAGCACCCUGCAGGCAUAUCCCCCCGAGAGCUCCUGCUUCUCUGAACAGCCCAAACUGCCCAGCCCAGGGCUGCACGGCCAGCGCAGGAUGAUGGCUGCGGACUCCAACGUGGGCCCCUCUGCCCCUGGGCUGGGAGGCUGCCAGCUGGGCUAUGGCGCCCCCUCUGGCCCGAGCAAAAGCAGCAUGCCUGUGCAGUGGAAUGAGGUGAGCUCUGGCACCAUGGACGCUCUGAGCAGCCAGGGGAAGCCUCCGCCCGUUCUGCAGGGCAACCUGGCUAUGGCGCAGCAGAAGCCGGCCUUCGGCCAGUACCCGGGCUACGGUGCACAGGGCCUGCCGCCAAGCCCUCGGGGUCUGGGCAGCCAUAUGCAGCAGCUGCGGCAGGCAGGGGGCCAGUGUCCCAGCAUGACCACCACAGCGAGCCCCCACGCCAGCUACGGCCAAGGCCACCCCCAGCUGAGCUCCAGCACCAUGGGCGGGGCCCUGAAUCCAUUCCCCGCAUCCUGCAGCAACCUGGCAGCCAAGCCCAGUCACCUGGGGCUCCCCCAGCAAAUGGAAGUUGUUCCCGACCCCUCCAUGAUGGGUAGUAGACGCAGGGAACUUGGGGCCCCCAAUGCCACCCUGGCCGGGAUGGCACCACUUCAUGCAGCCCAGAGCUACCCACAGCAGAGCCAUCACCUGGCAGCCCCCAUGAGCCAGGAGGGCUACCACCAGGGCCCCAGUCUUCUGCCUUCCCACCAGCCCGGCUUCCUGGAGCUGCAGCAGGCCUCAGGGGGGCUGGCUGGGCCCGGCUGUGGCCUAGUGCAACCCCGGCCACCUCCUGAGCCCAGCCCUGCUGGCCACCACCGUGGGGUACGUGCCGGGCAGCAGCUGGCCUAUGCCAGGGCCGCUGGCCAUGCCAUGGCUGCUGUAUCAGCCAACCAGGAGAUGGCAGAGUCUGUGCCCAAGGGAGUGAUGGGCACUAUGGCAUCCUUGCCUCCUCAGCUGCCCCCACAGGACACGGGUGGAGCCCAGGACCACAACAUGCUCUACUAUUAUGGCCAAAUCCACAUGUAUGAACAGAAUGGAGGCCUGGAGAACCACGUAGGCUGCCAGGUCAUGAGGCCCCAACCACCGCAGCCACAGGCCUGCCCGGAGGGCCUCCAGCCCCAGCCCUUGUCCUCACCAGGCGUCAACCAGGUGUCCAGCACUGUGGACUCCCAGCUGCUGGAGGCCUCCCAGAUCGAUUUCGACGCCAUCAUGGAUGACGGCGACCACUCAAGCUUGCUCUCGGGUGCCCUGAGCCCCAGCCUCCUCCACAGCCUCUCCCAGAGCUCCUCCCGCCUCACCACCCCCCGGAGCUCCCUGACUCUGCCCUCCGUCCCCACGGGCAUCAGCAACAUGGCCGUCGGGGACAUGAGCUCCAUGCUGACCAGCCUGGCCGAGGAAAGCAAGUUCCUCAACAUGAUGACCUAAGGCCCCGGCCCCUGGUGGAGGGGACCCCGAGGAACUGUUGUUUCCAGAGUGGGGUGUCAUCCAUUUUGUCUUUUUCCAAAAAAGUAUUACUAGGCCUGGGGGGAGGGGUGCUGUGGUUCAGACCACAAUGCUUUAAGGCAAGUUUACCUGCACCCUGUCUGGUCUUCUUUGGGGUUACUUUUGGAACACUGAGCAAACCUCAACAGGAAGGCUCGUUUACACAGUGCUCCCGCCUCUGGUGUUUAGGGGACCACUCUGCUCCGGCUCCUUCGCCCGUCACUGAGGGGUCCCACCGGCCAGGGCUUUCCAAGUACACGAGGAAACGGGCAGAGGAACACAUUUGGGUUUGAAUCAGAAAGCCAUACUGGAUGUUGUAAUCCAGGAAGAUGAGCUUCUAUUCCGAUCCUGCAAGGAGGAGGAGUUGCUGGCCCCGGAGUCCUUCCGCAAGCCGGCUGUGAGGCCGCUACCGUCCCUGGUCGCGGAGGAGAGAGUUCGCCCAGGUGACUCGGAGCACAUCCUGAUUCCAGGGGCGGUAGAGCCGGCAUCUCUACCCACAGAGCCAGGUGUGCACCUGGCAGACGGCCCGCAUGUGUAGAAUGAAUAAAGGACGGAAGUGUUGCCAGAAAAGGGAAAGAAGACACCAUGACGCUCGGGGGUGCUCAGAGGCGGCGGGCCUCCAGGCGUGUUUACAGCGUCCACGCGUGUAAAACGUGGCCCUCCCUGAAAGGAACACUCCCUUCUGAAUGCCCCGGGGCUGCUGGAGCUGCUGCGGCCACGGGUGACCGAGGGGCCCACGCGUGGACGGACCUUUAGGAAGUGAGUGCACAGGGCCCAGCCUCGGGCGCCUGGCGUAGGAAGAGUCACAUGUUUACCCAGCCCUGUUUCCCCAGGGCACUGCCCGCCCACUCUGCCCCAGGCCCUGAUGGCGGCCUCUCCAGGUGCCUCCGGCCACGCUGCCCACUCUCCAGCAGCCCGGGGUCCCUGCCGAGUCCCGCACCCCUGGGUCCCCUCCCUCUGCCCUCAUUCGUUCCAGAGAAUGAUGAUGUGCAUG